CCGGAAUAAAACAGGAAGUAAAAUGUUGAUAUUUUUGGUUGCUGCUGUAAAUAAAUAAAACUAAAGAAAGAUUUACCUUUGUAAAAUGUAAUGGAUGGAUUUAUUUUAUUGCAAACAAAUUAUGCUGGCAGUUAGUGUUCAGUAUUGCUAAAAAUGUUGAUACAUUUGGCUGUAGUAACCAUUUGGUUUCAUGGAUUCAUCCAUUUAUCCGUGUCUGCACCAGCGCAAGAUUUAGCAGAUAGACCUGCAAGUCUUCAUUUUGUGUCUGAAGUUAAGGACAGGCCAACUCAAGCACAUACAGAGUCCAGCACUCAUUCACAUUUAAAGCAACUCCUAACAUUAUGUUCUCCAAAUUAUUCAAAUCAUCCGCAUAAUCUGAAUAAAAAUAUCCAAGAACUGUGCAGUUUAUUGACCAGUUUUACAACACCUCUGGAUCAAGAUUUGAAUUUUUACUCCCUCACAAAAAGAUUUACCCAGUGGUUGAGCAAGGAAGUCGUAAAUAAUUUACUGCCGACAUUUGAUCUCAGAAAGCGUAGCUGUGAUGAAUGUAAAAUAGUUGUGGCCGUUGUCCAGUACUUGGCCAGUACAAAUGUGACCACAGAGUUCAUAAAGUCUACUGUGUACACAGUUUGUUCAAAAUGGGGAUUUGAAACCCCGAGGGUGUGUCAUGGAUUGGUCGAGGAAUUUGCCGCUGAGGUCCUUACAGUCUUUAACGGCCUGGCUCUGAGUCCUGAUGAGUUGUGUGCCCUUGUCUUUCAUCCACACUGUGGCUCCCCCUACAACCCCCACUCUGAUUGGAAUGUGACGUUUCCCAACAAACCACAGCCUCCGUAUGCUCCACCGACUCCACCCAAGGCAGGCGCCCCCACCCUGCGUGUCCUGCACCUGACUGACAUCCACUAUGACAGUGAGUACCAGGUGGGCAGCAAUGCUGACUGCGGGGAACCUUUGUGUUGUAGGAGGUCAUCAGGACCUUCAGGGAAGCCAGGAGCGGGAGCCUGGAAGUUUGGUGACUAUAGAAAAUGUGAUACUCCCCUCUGGACAUUGGAAGAUAUGUUUUCUACCCUAGCUCAGGAUAAGUUUGAUUACAUCAUCUGGACAGGUGACCUCCCUGCCCACAAUGUCUGGAACCAGUCCCGCUCCGACCAGGUGGAGCUGCUGAAGGCCCUGGUCAAACUGAUCCAGCAAUAUUUUCCUGGCACACUUGUGCUGGCAAGUCUGGGCAACCAUGAGAGUUCUCCUGUCAAUAGUUUCCCACCACCCUACAUACAAGGGGACAACUCUAUCAGCUGGCUGUAUGAAGCUCUGGCUGACUCUUGGAAACAAUGGCUACCAGAAAGUGCCUUAGAAUCUGUUAGAAGGGGAGCCUACUACACUGUUACACCUUAUCCUGGCCUUAAAGUUAUCUCUCUUAAUAUGAACUAUUGCAACAAUCAAAACUGGUGGAUGCUGCUGAAUGCCACUGACCCUGCAGGUGAACUGCAGUGGCUAGUUGACACCCUGCAGACAGCCGAGGAUGAGGGGGUCAAAGUUCACAUCCUGGGUCACAUCCCACCUGGCAAUGAUGACUGUCUGAAACCCUGGAGCUGGAACUAUUAUAGGAUUGUCAGCAGGUACAGAAACACAAUAGCUGGCCAAUUUUUUGGACACACACAUUUUGACAGCUUUACUGUAUAUUACGACGUUGAGACGUUGAAAGUUCCGGUUGGUGUGGCGUACGUGGCGCCCAGCGUGACGCCGUACUCUGAUCUCAACAUGGGCUACAGGAUCUACACCAUAGAUGGGGACUAUCAGAACAGUUCUUUUCAAGUCUUGGACCACCAGACCCACUAUCUCAACCUGACCAGAGCACAGGUCGAAGGUCAAAUUACAUGGGAGCUGGAAUAUUCUGCCAAGCUGGCCUACAACAUGACAAGUCUCUACCCAGCUGACUGGGACAAGUUGAUCCAAGACAUGCAGACAGACAGCAAGUUGUUAAACUUGUACAACAAGUACUAUUUCAAGUCGAGGUACUCAGGCGCGUGUGACAAAGAAUGCAGGAAACAGAGAUUAUGUGAAGCCCUGAGUGGCAGGUCACAUGACCCAGGCCUGUGUAAGAGUCUAGGUGUACAUAACAUGGAGGAUUGGAUCUCACUCACUCAACAAAAGCCCAAACACUGCUGACACUAGACUCUUCUACUGACACUAGCCAAAUGUUUUGAUUGGGUUAAUAUAUUUACAAG